AUGGCUACUAUUCCUGAUGUCACCGUUAAGUCCAAUCUCGGUACACAGGCUUCAAUUCACACAGUUUUCUCAAAUACUGAGAAAGUUGAAUCUCCUGAAUCAGCUUCUAAAAGCUUAGACUCUGAUGUAGUCUCUUCUAUUUCAAAUUCUAUUGAAUCAAAACUUUCAAUCUCUUAUAAUCCACAAACUCAGGAUCAACAGAAAGUGACUAGCACUUCUGUUACUCCUACCAUCUUCACUCCCGAGGAUGAAAAGGAAUUAAGAUCUCAACUUAACUCUCUCUAUCGUUUGUUGCUUAAGAGGAAUUAUAAUAAACCGUUUCUACCUGAUGACCCUAGUUUUCACCCCGUCAAUGAUCCCAUCUACGGUGCUCAAAACCCCUCAAUUAGCGGCAAUUUAUUAUAUUUGUAUGACGCUAUUAUUAGAAAAAGAGUCGAACGUCUCAUCGUUGACAUACAACAAAGAUCUUUUACACUUGAUCACAAACCGUUAUUAAUACACGAGGUGAAAAAGGCUCCAGGGCAUCUAAUUUCCCAGGAGGAAAAGGAUUUGUUGACAAAAUUCAUCAAAAAUAAGCCUCGUCCAAUAGGUUAUCCGGAACCAACUGUCGACGUAAGAAAACAAGCUUAUCACUUUAUCGUCCACUACUUAAAUGAAAAAUUAAUAACCUUUUCAAAAGCUAAUAAUGAUCUUAAGGAUGAGGAGUUUGAGUUAUUUAGCAGAUUAGUGACUGAAGGAGAAAACUUGCAGAUAGAGAAAAAAAUAUAUCAGUUUGUCUUGGCAAGUAUAGACAAGAAUUUUCGAAUUUAUUUUGCCGGUAUAUUUAGAAAACAUUUUAGUGGCGUUAACUAUGCUGACCUUCUCGAACAUAUUAAAAAUAGGCUGAAUGAAAUGUACUCAGUUGACUUGGAACAAGAAACUAACACCAAUGGUCAAUCUAUGCACAAUCGUAUUACGUCUAAAAUUCCAACUUCUAAAAAGCCACAAACUACUCACUCGGUGAUAAAUACUCCUGUUAACUACAGUCCCGAGGAACUAGAGCUAAGAGCUAAACUAGACUCUGUGUAUCACUUAGUGUUUAAGAAGUUUUACAAUAAAGGAUUAGUGAAAAAAUACUUUACUUUCCCGCCUAAUUUUGAUGAUUCUGUGUGUAGUAUUCGGGAUUUAUUUAUUACAAAUGCUAUACUAAAUUAUGUCGAUGGAUAUGCUGAAUCUACCGCAAUUUGGGUAUUGUAUAACAUAGCCAAAAACUGUAUGCCUAUCUGGGCUAGGGCAACAUAUGUAGAGAAGCUUAAAAGUGCCCCUGAGGAUCUAAUUGAUCAGAAGGAGAAGGAUUUACUAGUAAGGAUCACUACUCAACCGUUUUAUAAUUUCGAGGCUCAGGCGUUGGCAUACAAAAUCAAAGCCAAAAUUAAAGAUAUGAUGAUUAAUUAUUUAAAGGAACCCAUUUUAGCCUUUUCAAGAGAAUUUAACCUUAAAAAGGGGAAAGAGUUUGAGUUUUUCAAUAAUUUAAUCACUCAAGAAGACAAUUGCAAGCCUGAGGAUACGAUAUACCGCGCGAUUUUAGGGAUAGCGGACAAGAAAGUACUAGGAACCAGUGAAGAUGUUAAGAUAUUACAGUAA